AUGACUUUUGGUCGUUACAGUAGGGGGAAUCAAUUGGGAAGCUUUCAAAAAUAUACCACACUUUUCCUACCCACCGUAUGCGGCAUGCAAUUCUGUUGGUUACUGCCGGACAAGGCGAUGAAACUAUUUUGUACGGCUACCUCGCAAGCGGUCCUCGAAGGUCUCUUACAACAAUUCCCGAAUGUAAUAACCCGCCUCCUGCUGAAAUCCACACCUCUACAAACCGUUCUCUUUAUGAUCAAUAGUGCCAUCAUCUUACAUUUCAAACGUCUGAAAGUGUAUAAAGGAUUUUGGUUUAUGCAGCCAUAUGGAAUCGAAAAAUCGCCCUCCUUUUCCGUUACCCAUCAAGUGGAUUGGAAACCACGUGCCGAAUGUGUUCAUGGAAAAAUGAAAUGUUCCAAAUUUAUUUUGGAUGGCAUAAAAGUUGGCCUCACCUGUGGCAUACCCAUGGAUUUGCUGAAUGCUCUUUUGAAGGGUGGCGUACCCAAAGGUUGCAAGGGUAUACAUAAGGUUUUGCUGGCCAAACUCAAACAAUUUCGACCAAAUAUGGCGGGAUUUUUCUUGCUCUAUGGUGGUAUAUAUAGGAUCUCCUCAUGUUUGUUAUACAAAUACUAUGGUCAUUUGUCUCGUGAUUUGCAACACAUCUUGGCUGCCUUCCUUGGUGGUGCUUCAUACUUAUGGGUUAAUAAGGUCUCCUUCUUCACCUUGUCCACAGUUAUUGCCAUUCAGGCUUUGUGGCAAGAAUUCUGCGAUCGUAUGACCACGGCCAAGAAAACCUCGAAGAAUUUAGUUUUGAGACUACUGAAAGAUGUGUCAUUUUCCCACGUGAUCUUUACCCUGAAUAUGGGCUAUUUAAUACACAACUUCAUAAUGAAUUAUGAAGUAUUGAAUAGUUUGACGAGAGGAUUUUUGGAUGGACUCAGUUCAAAUCAGUAA